UUCCCAACUGAGCCUUGAAAAUUUAGCCGUUAACGCGUCCUUCCUCACCCAACUCAGCAGUUACUACUAAAAAAUCGGUCUCUACCGUCAACCUAGUCAGAGCUGUUUGAUUUUUAGAAGAAGAAGGAGGAACAAUGGAGAAUUCUGUUUUUAUGAACGAUGUUCAACAGGUCAAUGGAAAUCUCCAUUACUCCUUUUCUCCUGCUUCUCUAAAACAUGUAGCUUACAGCUGUGGUUCUUGUGGAUAUGAGCUAAACCUGAGUUCCUCGAGUCGAAUCACCACAACAAUUGGCUCCAAAUACAGAAAAUCUAUAAAGCGAGGGAUUAUAUCGUUCUUCAGUAUAGAUGAGAGCAGAUUUACACAAGUUGAUGAGUUCCAAUGCAUUCCCUACUUUUCAAGGCACUCUUGGAGCUUGUUCCGCCGUAGAACCAAACUCCUUUGCCGCAAGUGUGGCAACCACAUCGGCAAUGCUUACAACGACAAAACUUUAGGCUAUGCUCUUGUCGUAGACAAAUCCGAUUCAUCCUCUGGUAAUGAAGCUUCUAGCUAUAGAAAAUACGAUGUUAGAAUCCGUGCCCUACAACCAUCGUCGGCUCAGGAACUUGGCACUCCGCUUUUUAUGUGAUUUACUUCGAGUGCUAUUGCCAUCAUAUCGCUGGUAUUCCAAGUGCAUCAUACCGCGUUUUCUUGUGGGGUUGUUUCGAGUCAUUCUGUCUCCUCUUUGUUCUUCUUCUUGAAUAUGAUCUUAAUAUUUCAUGCUAACUGAUGUGCAUAGAAUUAUGAAUGGUAAGUGAUUUGGAGUGUUUGAAAUGAGUCGACCGAAGUUUGUGACUACCCAAAGUUUAAAUGUAAUCAUAUUCAUGUAAUAUCUUUUUAAGUUGAAUUAAAUCUAAGU